AAACGCCUGCUUUUAUCGAUGACAGUCUUGUUUUUUUGCGUUUAGGUUACGAAAUUGGCAGACGAAUACUCGUUGUGCCAGUUGAAAUAAGUAGAUUUAACUAACAACACAGGUCUAAAUUGCUCGUGAACUCCACGAGCCAAACAAAAACGAAAUAGGAAAGAGAAAAAGAGAGGAGCCAGAGCCAGUGCGAGCGAAGGCAACGAUGGAUCGCUACGACAUGGAGGACGUCGUUGUGGCGCCCCCUGCCGAGUGCAGCUCGCCGCUUAAGGAGUGGCGCCUCAAGCGCCAGGCGGGCACACUAGACCGCUCCGAUAUCAUCGAGUUCUUAAAGCGCGAGUCGCCCAAGUAUUUUGAUUACCAGACUAGCGCUACGGUUAAAGAUACCAAUGUGAUUACUCUGAAGUGCAUGUUUAAGGAGUCGCUGGCCAAGGAGGAGAUCAUCGAUGUCGUUGUGGAGUUUAUGCUGGGCGACAAUCCUUCCUCCGCACUGGAGAAGCUCCGACUGGAGGGCAACACGGCCACCGUCUGUGGCAAGGUCUUUAAGAACGGGGAGCCCACCUACAGCUGCCGCGAGUGCGGCGUUGAUCCCACCUGCGUGCUUUGCGUCAACUGUUUCAAGCGCUCGGCGCAUCGCUUCCACAAGUACAAGAUGUCCACAUCCGGCGGCGGCGGCUGCUGUGACUGCGGAGACGACGAGGCCUGGAAGAAGGAUCAGUACUGCGAGCUGCAUCUGGCAAAUCGCAAGAAUCCGCUGGAGAGCAAGAUCCUGACCGAUGCAGUACUGGAGCGUGUUGAGAUCUGCUUUGGGGCAAUCCUCGCCUUCUGCGUGAGUUAUCUUGAAAUCGAGCCAAACGCCAGUCUACAGUGCCUGGAUGGAAACGUGGAAGGCGGCCAAGUGGACGGAGCACAGUACUGCACUGUGCUCUACAAUGAUGAGUCGCACACGUUCGACCAGGUCAUCCAAACGCUUACCAAAAUUGCCAAGUGUCGGCCAAAGGACGCCAUGGAAAUCGUGGCGGCGAUUGAUCGCGAGGGACGAGCAGUGGUCAAAUGCGAUACAUUUGAGGAGUGCAACAAACUGAAGGUAUCCAUCGAAAACCAAAUGAUUCUGCCGACCUCCCUGCUGUCGACGGCGCGCAACAACCAGUCGCUCAGGACAUCGGUACUGCACGUCGGGGCCGUGGCCUGCCAGCAGUUUGCCCUGCAGCUGCUCGGCUGGUUCCAGGAGUUCCUGGUGCGACACUACCUCUUCCGUAAGACGUUCUCCGAGUUGGUGCAGCGCAAGCAGGAGACAUUCUGCAUUCGCCACAUCCUCGAGUACGACGUGAAGCUGUGGAAGACUGCGCGUACCUGCUGGCACCGCCUCCUGAUCUCUGGCAUGCUUAUGGAGUACGACAACAAGAUGAUCCUAGCCCAGGAGUUUUCGCGACGCUACGCCACUAUUGUGGAGGACUUUAUCAGUGAUGAUCAUGAUCACGCCUUUUCGAUUGUGUCGCUUAGCGUCCAGCUGUUCACGGUGCCCAGCAUUGCCCAUCAUCUGAUCGCUCAUGAGGGCAUCUUUGACAAGCUGCUGCACACGUUCUACCACGUUGCCAUCGAGAAGUUCAUCCGUAACAAGACGCUGCACUUUAGCAAGAACAUCGCCAGCCUCACCUUCUUCAAGCGGGCCAACUACAUCCUCUACGAUCUGCGAUACCUGCUCAGCCUAAAGCCGGAUGUACUGAGCAAUGAUCUACGGAACGGUUUCCUAGAAGGCUGCCGAGCUUUGAUGCGCGUUCUAAACGUGAUGCAGGGCAUGGAGUCGAUGACCAGACAGACGGGCCAACAUAUGGACUACGAGCCAGAGUGGGAGUGCGCCUUCAAUCUGCACAUCAAGCUGGCCACGACCAUCUCGCAGGUGAUUGAUUGGGCGUCCGGCGAUGUGAAGCUGCUGCGUAAGCUCUACAAGAUGACAAUGCGGGCGCUGGUGAGCAACAGUUUUAUUGUGGGUGGCGAGAAGGUCAUGCAGCCAAAAAAAGUGGCUGGCCAUGUAGCCAACUGUUUAGUUUACGACAUAUCAGUGCAGCCGGUGUCCAUCCACUUGCCUUUGUCGCGUUUCUUCGCCGGAAUCUAUCUGCACUUGGGUGCCCACGAUUUAACCUACGACGGGCUGCAGACGGAAACAGAAGCGUUGAGCAUCAAGCUAACGCCCAGGGAGAUUAUAGAACCGGUUUUGUGCACCCAAGCAAUGAUCGCCCAGGUGGGCGCAGGACUAUGGCGCCGCAAUGGUUACACCCUGCUGCACCAGCUCUACUUCUACCGAAAUGUGCGUUGCCGCGUGGAGAUGCUGGACAGGGACAUAGCCUGCCUGCAGAUAGGCGCCUCCCUAAUGGAGAGCAACGAGUUCCUGAUCCAUGUGUUGAAUAGGUUCAACACAAUCCCCUGGUUACAGGAAAACUACUGGUCCAUAUUGUCGGGUAAUGAAAUGAACGAUGACAUCAUUCGAGAGGCAUCAAUCUUUGACGAGUUCCUGGAACUUCUUAUCGUGAUCAUUGGAGAACGUUGGAUGCCUGGCGUUUCGAUGGUGACCGAAGAGGAUCGCCUGCGCAAGGAGAUCAUCCAGCUGUUGUGUAUCAAACCCUACUCACACUCGGAGUUGAGUCGCGCCUUGCCAGAUGGCAAUAGCGGAAAUAGCGACAACGUUUUCGAGGAAGUUAUCAACACUGUGGCCGUGUUCAAGAAACCCGUUGGAGCCGACAGCAAGGGGGUGUACGAACUAAAGGAGCAUUUGCUUGAGGAGUUCAACAUGUACUUCUAUCACUACACCAAAGAGGACAAGUCCAAGGCCGAGGAACUGCAACGGGAGCGCCGAAAGGCCAAGAAGCAGCUUGUCUGCUGCCCGCCACCAAUGUUGCCAAAACUAACACCAGCCUUCACAUCCAUGGCCAACAUCCUGCAGUGCCCUGUGUUCCUCAACAUCUGCGUGUUGAUUAUGGAAAGGGCUUUAAAUACUUACAGUCGCUCCUUUACCGAAUCCCAUCUUCAAAAGGUCCUUCACCUGCUUGGUUAUGCCAUUCAGGAGGAGCUUAGCGAGAACUAUCCCUUCUUGAGCUUCUACGAGCGUUCCCAGGAGUACGGAGUUCUGGAGAAGUUGGAAGAGCUCGCCCGCUGCCCGAGGUUGGAGGCUCAUUACGACUUUGUGCUGUGGACCAUCGAGCGUUUCAAGCAGCUGCAGGCAAAGCAGUCUCCCAGUGAUGGUGGAGCAGGACCCAGUUGCUCUCAGCAAAAAACCGGGGAGAAACUGUCACUCAGCGCCGAGGAGCAGGCGCGUGAGGAGAGGGAAAAUCGUGCUCGUCUAGCAGCCGAGCGUCGAGCCCACAUAAUGGCCCAGAUGCAGAAAGCCCAGAAGUCGUUCAUAAGCAGCAAUGCAGAAAUGUUUGCGGACACCGAAAACGAAACACGCAAAGAGUCAGCAUCCACGGGUCCAAUGGAUUGGGAGGAUAUACCCUCCGAGGAGGAACAGGGAGCAGUGGGCCUUGAGUCGAACGUAGCCUGCUUGGGACCGCACCGCAAGAUUUAUCAUGGCAGCGAUGAUACCUUCAAAUGCAUCCUAUGCUUCGAGAACUGUGCCAUCAGCCGUGGGGGCCGGCAAUUGGUUAGCUCUGCCUUUGUCCAAACCUCACGUGUGAUCUUCACUACGCCCAAUUUGCGUAAUAGUAAGAGCGCACUGCACAUUAGUUGCUGCGGCCAUGUGAUGCACUACAGCUGCUGGCUGGAGUACUUCAGCAACGAGGAGUUCAAGGAGCUGCGUCGUCCGCACCGCAAUCGUGCGGCCCUAGCCCAGACCGCCAACGUGGAGUUCCAAUGUCCGUAUUGCCGAACCCUAAGUAACACUAUAGUACCGGUAACCGAAACGCUGCCUGCUUUUUCGGCGCCUCCUUCACCGAACGAAAGCUAUUUACCAUUGGACAGUUUCGUGGAGAUGAUGAGCACACUGGCCAUCGAACUGGGUCACAUGAAGGACCACGAAUUGACAACACUUCCAAGUGUGUCCCACAUUUUGCGCUUGUCUGGCGUGGUCGGUGGCAUGGCUCAAUACGAGCGGAGCGUGCAGCUCAUCAAGAAUCCUCCUAGGUUGCAUGGUGACUACAUGGAAGGGAUAGAAUUCCUAAAAAAAGCCCUGCUAAAUACCAUGAAGGUUCAGCACUCACAUCUAAAGGUCCAACUAGGCAUCGAAAGUAUCGAGAUUGUAGCCAUACUGUGGGACAGCUGCAGCUACACGCUGCAGGCGCUGGAGAUCUAUUUGUACGCGGUCGAGAAGCCAUUGAAGGCCGAGCUGUCAAUGCGCCACCAGAGCUGUGCCAGGAACUUGGUGAGGGCUUGCUCACGCAGCUCCGCCUUGGAAUGGGAAAAUGAUGUUCCAUUGCUUGCGUCGAUGCGUACCCAGGCGGAGUUCUCCUCUAGACUGCUAGAUACAAUCUUUAAUCAUAGUGACACCAGUGUGCUCGUAUGGGACUGCUUCCGCGUGCUGGUGCCGUUCCAGUUUGCAGUGCUCAAUCUGAUGGUACCCGAGAUGGGAUUUAAAACAAUCAUACCCAGCGGCAGCAUGUUCGACUUUUACAUCAUGCAGACUAUGUUCCUGGCCCAGCUCACCAAGGCGGUCCUCUGCUUUGACGUGAAUAAGGAGAAGGCCAAACGAGCGGAGAAGACGCCCAAUCCUGAACUUACACAAUUGGAUUACGUAGAGCAGCUACCAUCAAGAAUUCGGGACAACAUGAUCGACUUUUAUCGACGCUACAAUAUCCCAGCCAGAGUGCUGCAGAAGACUCAACAGAAACAGCUGGAGGAGGAAGAAUCGGAAGAGAAUCAGGGUCAUGUGCAGACAGUGGUGAUACCCUGUGAAUCGCAUGAUUUGGCCCUUCUUCUCGAGUACGUGCAGCGACAGAUGAGCUCAUUCCUGCGCUGCUCCUGUCUCUUCUAUCGCUUUCUCACCGAUGUGGAUUUCCCAGACACGUUUCCCACAGAUCAACCGGAUCGCUUUGAUCUGAUGUGCCAGUACUUGGGUCUGGACCCCAUGCUGGGUGUCUACUUUGAUAUGGAGACGGUAUACGCCACCAUGAUGCACUCGUUUGCCUCGCAUCCUCACAUUGACCUUGAAGUGGAACAGCGUUGCCAGCCUGAAGAACGAGGGGCGACGGACCUUCAGGUGGAGCCUUGCCUGCGCCCGCUGCCACGCUUAAAGGUACUGUGUGAUGACUUCAGCGAUUUGAUCAACAGCGUCUCGGACAUCUUCUGUCCGAACAACGAGCGCGAGGAGAUGAAGACGCCAACGAUGUGUCUGAUAUGCGGCUUAAUCCUGUGCGGUCAGUCGUACUGCUGCCAGCCAGAGCUGGGCAGCAUGCACUCGGUGGGCGCGUGCACUCAUCACGCUCUCGCUUGUGGCGCCGAAGUGGGCAUCUUUCUGCGCAUUCGCGACUGCCAGGUGGUGUACCUGGGCCGCGGCAAGGGGUGCUUCGUCCCGCCGCCAUAUUUGGACGAGUACGGCGAGACGGAUAUGGGUCUGAGGCGCGGCAAUCCGCUGAGACUGUCCGAGGCGGCUUACAGAAAGAUCUACCUGCAGUGGCUGGGACAUGGGCUGCACGGGGAGAUCGCCCGUCUGAACGACAAUGCUAAUGUGGCGGCGGCGGCGCAGUGGCAUCACAUGUAGUCCUCCGCAGCCACCGAGAAGGAAGCAGGGGACAGGCAGCAAAAUGGAAAUGGCGGCAGUCUAUGUGAUUAUUACAUACUAACAUUAGGAGAGCCUAUUUUUACGUCUAAGCAUUUUACUACUUAUCCGUUUUGGAGAAGCGCUCACUCAUCCAGCGAGCCAACCAGGCACCCAGCCAGCACCCCCACCCCACACAGUCAACGACACCAGCCACGAACACGCCAUCACCACACAAUCCUGUCCAGCGGCCCCCAAGCGGGAACUGUAACCAUUGGUUGAUUUUUUCUUAUUAAUUAAUAUUAAUUGAUAACAAUAUUCUUAUUACUUUUUUGAGCUAUCGUUAGUAAACUUGUUGAUAGUUUGAGCGGCCCAGUGCCCUCCUCUAGUUACAUAUAUGUAUGUGUAUACAUAUAUGCAUAUGUAUAUAUAUAUAUAUAUAAUCAAAUGCUAAAAAAUAUAACAACUAGGUUAGAUUUUUGCCAGCACUUCGAAUGUUGUCGCGCAGCAACUAAAGAAGAAAGUUACUUUAAAAUAAAGGAAAAAUAAGUAUUUCCUGCUCUCUCCUCUCUCUCUCGCUCGUGCUCAUGCAGCCCCACUCGAUGUAUAUAUAGUCCCGAACUUUGAGUGCCGAUCCUAACCAGGUUGAGAUCCUUUUUUUUUUUGGCGUUUGUUGAGUUUUUCAUUUAGUUAGUGUAAAAAUAUUGAUACCGAUUAAGAGUACGUCCAAAAUUCGUAGUCGCGCCUCAUCCUCCCCUUCCAUAACUAACCCACCUCCCUCCACCCCCUCAAACAACACACCUCACACACCACUCCAUCCGCCCACCAACCACCUACGCACACACUGAAGCAUACACCCUCUCUUUCAGAGCCCUGUUUGAUAUCCAUCUCACUCUAACCCGAGGAACACGAUAAUAUUAGUCAAACCAUGUUUACUUGAUCAAUAUACUUAACACCCUAUACGACUAUAUAUUUACAUAAUAACGCGUAUAUAUAUAUGAAUAUAUAUAU